UCUUUGUGUAGUAGUAGUAAUCAUAAUAAUAAUAGGAUUUAUUUAUAUGCUGCCCAUAUAAAUAAAUAUAUUCAAGCCGUGGAUGCUUAAAUUCGUGGAUAAAAAAAUCUGUGGAUAAGGAGGGCCGAUUGUAUUAUCCACAAAGAUGAAACAGAUAUGUGUUCUUUUUGUAUGAGUGGAUUAGAAAAUAGAUUGGGUACCAGAAUUUAAACACCCAACCAAAAUGCUGGUUUCCUUAUUCUUGUUCAGCAAUGGAAGCCAUCUCUUCAUAGUUCAACUUUUUAUGUAGUCAAGAUUAAGACCUAUGGCUUCCCCUGCAUCCAAAGCAAGCAGAGAAGGCAAUCAUUUGAUGAAGAUCUCACUCCAGGGCUGGAGGUAGAUAGGAAAAAAACAAGUGAGAGAACAACCCAUGUCUUCCACUCACCUUACACUUACAUAAAAAUUAUUUGCCAGUGCAACUAACAAGUAAAAUGUUAGGAAUCUCUCUUUAAAAUUUACUGAAAUUGCACCCAAAAUCUGACACACAUUUUGUUUUACACAAACAAAAUGUGUGCAACUCUUACAAGACAAAAUGUUAACUCCAUUUCAGCAAGAAGGUUUUCCUCUACCUGCAUUAGCUAUCUCUAUAAUCUUACUGGAAUGGAGACAUAUUGGAUUGCAAAAUCCUGGGAUCCCUGUUGAGAUGCAAAUAGACCUUAAAUUUGCUAGACUUUGAAAGUGUCUUUAUUGCCGCAUGGCCAGAAAAAGGAGAAGCCUGCCUACAAAAGAUAUUCCUUCCCCACCAAAACAACUUUGCUAAGAACUGCAACAACAUGCCGGUAUCUGACUAACAUCUCCAAUUGUUUUCCCCCUCCUGUUUGCUUUGUAACAUCUUGCCUGAUGAUGAAGAAGCCCAUGGAGCUUUUGAAGUAUAUUGCAACAAGUAUAUUGUGCAUUUCGGUUGGUGAAAUGAUGGAUUUUUGUUUGUAUUAAAUGGCCAUCAUAGCUCCCACUGCAUGUUCACAAUACAUGUGAAUUGAUUCGAUAAAGGAGGCCACAACUCUGAGUUUGCAAGGCCUAAGCAGGGCUAUUAAUACAUGGGCCUCAUACUGUAAAAUCAUAGCAGUUUGAUGCCAUUUAAACUCAUGCCUGCUACCUACAGAAUACUGAGAUCUGCAGUUCAAUAAAACACUAGACCUCUAACUGAUUGUGGCCCUAAAGCAAGCCUAUCACAGAGUGUUCCUAGCAAAAAACUAAGCUCUGAUUAUAUAUUUAGCUCUAAACCCAGAAUUCUGCAGCCAGCACAUUCAGUAGUUGCCACACUUACUGGUCCUUUUUUGUUAUCCAAAAAAGUAUUCUUUCCAAGCUUUGGAAAUUGAUCCACUGUCAUUGAUCCACCCAGGGAAGAGUUUGAGGGCAGAAAGAACAAAGGCUGUUUGCACAAUUAAGAAUUUCAUGGAUUUCCUCUCAAACAGCAAAUUUAGAAAGCUAUUUCCAAUACACCUAUUGGGAAUGCUUUUCAAAGCAGCCUUGUUAUAUACAGUAUGAUUGCAACUUGUUUCUUUAGAGGCUGCUCAGUUAAGAAAAAUAAGAUAACAUAGCCCUGAAAUGCUGAUACCAGUUGAAGAAUUUGAGUGACAGGCCCAUGGUGUAAAUUAGGAGACUAUCACACUUACCCCCCACAUUUGUAUGGUACAACUACUGAUUGGCAUUUGAAUGACAUUUGGGUGUUGGCUGCUGGAUAUGCCAGACAGACUGCAUUGGGACUGGGACCCCAUGCUGCUACUGCUUAAUCAUACAAUUUCUGGGUACUGCAAACUCUCAGUGUAUGCAGUAUAAAUAUUGACAAUGACUCUUCAGGAAAUUUUUCAAACCACAGCACGUUUAUAUCCUGAGAGAAGAGCGGUGUGCUUUGAUGAAUGCAACAAUCAGACUCCAAUUAUUUACACCUACAAGACAGUUAAAUACCUGGCCAGUGAACUAACAGCUUUCUUGAGGAACCAUUGCAAACUUGAUGAACAUUUUGAAAUAGGUCUCUACUGCUACCCAGGAAUAAAUUUGCCUUCUUGGAUUAUAGGAAUUCUUCAAGUGCCAGCUGCAUAUUCUCCUAUUGAUCCAGAUGCCGUGCCAAACCUCUCUGCCUAUUUUAUGAAAAAGUGUAACUUCCAAUAUGUUCUUGUAGAAAAGGACAAAGUUCAUAAAUUCACAGAAACCUACGGACACUUGUUUACUCUUAAUUUCCUUGAAAUACUCAAUGUUGGCUUAAUUUUUUGCCAGAAGAAAAAUAGUGAUGUAGAUGUGAUAGAGAACAUAGAUGACAAAAAUAAAAGAUCUGCAGUGACAAGUUGGCGGGAGAUACAUAUCAUGGAUCAGUAUGUUUCAAAACCACCCAAGGAGCUGUUGGAUGUCAGAGAGAAGCACACUAUAGCAUAUAUUUUACAUACCUCUGGAACAACUGGGUUUCCCAAAAUUGUCCGAGUGCCUCAUAAAUGUAUAGUACCAAAUAUUCUUCAUCUUAGAGAUCUUUUUCAGAUUACCCCAGAUGAUAUUGUGUUUAUGGCCUCUCCUCUAACAUUUGACCCAUCUGUGAUUGAGUUGUUCAUUGCUCUGGCAAGUGGGGCUUCUCUGCUUAUAAUACCUCAGAUAAUUAAGAUGAUGCCACAGAAAUUAUCAGAAGUUCUCUUUCAUUACCAUAGAGUGACUGUAUUACAGGCUACACCAACACUUCUAAGAAGAUUUGGAAUUCAAUGUAUUCAAUCAAAGGUGUUGUCUGCAAAUACUUCAUUGCGAAUCUUAGCUCUUGGUGGGGAAGCAUUUCCUGGACUACAUGUGCUGAAAAGCUGGAAGGAAAGAGGGAACAAAACACACAUCUUUAAUAUCUAUGGUAUUACAGAGGUCUCUUGCUGGGCCACCUAUUACAAAGUUCCUGAGGAGGUUUUCAGUUCUCAUCAAUUUCAUUCCUUGAUUCCACUGGGAACUCCAUUAUCUGAAACAAUAAUAGAAGUCAAAGAUGCAAAUGGUUCUCCUGUUCUAGAAGGUGAAGGGCAAGUGUUCAUAGGAGGUAAAGAACGUGUCUGUUUUCUUGAUGAUGAAAUAACACUGCCUAUGGGCACAAUGAGAGCAACUGGAGACUUUGUUAGAGUGGAGCAUUCUGAAAUGUUUUUCUUGGGGAGGAAGGACAAUCAAAUUAAGCGACAUGGCAAGCGUCUCAAUAUUGAAUACAUAGAGCAGAUCGUAGAAGGCUGCUGUCAAGUGGAAACCUGUGCUGUGAUAUGGUAUCAACAGGAGAAAUUAAUUCUGUUUGUUGUGCCCAAAGGCAAUUUGAAAAGAAGACAAUUUUUAAAGAAACUCCAGCAAUGUCUUCCUCGUCAUGCAGUACCAGAUGAGUUUUUGCUGACUGAUACUUUGCCACUCACAUCACAUGGCAAAAUGGAUGUAUCUGAGUUGAACAAGAUUUACAGUAACUAUCUCAGCUCCAGAAGGAAUGACACUAAGCUGAGCAAAAAAGAAGAAUUAUGGGACAGAUUGCAGAGUUUAUGGAAGUCUCUUCUGAAUUUUCCAGAUGAUUCCAGUAGCAUUGUGAAAAAUUCACUGUUUUUUCACAGUGGUGGAGAUUCCUUAAAAGCAUUACAGUUCCAAGAGGAAGUUGAACUUAUGGUAGGCAGGGCAGUACCAGGCCUCCUGGAAAUUAUACUCAGUAGUUCUAUUGGAGAGGUAUAUAAGCAUAUUCUAAGUACAGCUUUUGCAGAUGAUGAUGUAAAAGUAAGCUGUAAGAGUGCCUUAAAAAGAAAACUAUGUGAAAAUGAGAAGGAGGACACUAGUGCAAAGCAUGCAGAACUGAAAUCUGAAAGGCCGUUGGAUGUUGAAGUGGACUCAGCUGGAUUUUUUGCUAUAAGCCGAGGGAACAGGUCAUUGUCUAUUGGAGAGCCUUUGAAGAACCAGAGUAAAACAGAACAGGUGGGAGAAAAUUUAGCACUGAAAACUCAGCCUGACAAAACGGUUGUCAGCAACGCAAAUCUAACAGAAGUAGAUUCUGUUAGAAAAACUGCUUUACAAGAGAAUCUAGGAAGAACUGUUGAAAAUCUGAUACUUAACAUAAGAUGGAGGACAGAUCUGGGGAAGUGUGUAGAUGCAUCUCCCCUAGUUGUAAUAUCACUUACUGAUAUUUCAUCUGCCUUUGUAUAUAUUGGAUCUCAUUCUCACAUAAUUCAAGCAAUUGACCUAUAUUCAGGAGAAGUCAAGUGGAAGAGGAAUCUUGCAGACCGUAUUGAGUCUUCUGCCUGUGUAUCUAAGUGUGGAAACUUUAUCAUUGUUGGAUGUUACAAUGGAUUGGUGUACGUACUCAGAAGCAGUAAUGGGCAAGUACAAUGGACAUUUUCCACUGCGGAUGCUGUGAAAAGUUCUCCAGCUGUGGAUACAUCCACAGGGCUAAUCUUCAUAGGAUCUCAUGACCAGCAUUUAUAUGCUUUAGAUAUUUAUAAGGAAGAGUGUGUCUGGAAGUUAAACAGCGAAGCUGGAGCUGUAUUUUCUUCUCCUCAUCUCAGUGUAUUGCCACACCACUUGUAUGCUGCAACACUUGGAGGACUGCUGUUAGCUGUAAACCCCAUUACGGGGAACAUAAUUUGGAAAUAUUUUUGUGGAAAACCUAUCUUCUCAUCACCACAUUGCAACAAGGACUAUGUAUGUGUUGGAUGUGUGGAUGGAAAUCUAUAUUGCUUUAGCCACUUUGGAGAAAAGGUUUGGAAGUUUUCCAGCAAUGGACCAAUUUUUUCAUCACCCUGUAUAUCAGAUUGUACUAAUGACAUAUUCUUUGGCUCCCAUGACUACUUUACCUACUGCUGUAAUAUGGAAGGCAAUCUGUUGUGGAAGUUUAAAACCACAUCAACUGUAUAUGCAACCCCAUUUGUUUUCCGUAGUCAAGACUUGGGGAAUAAACCAUUUCUAGUAGUUGUAUCUACAGAUGGGAGCAUAUGGAUCCUGAAUGCUAAGACUGGUUUGAUAGAAGGUUCAGGGGAACUUCCCGGAGAAGUGUUCUCUUCUCCUGUAGUAUGUGGAACAAGGAUUGUUGUAGGUUGUAGAAACAACUACGUUUAUUGCAUGGAUAUAAGUAUAUCUGAAACCAACACAACUGCCUAACAGUGGUCUUGUCAGUAUUUUUGAUUUUGUAUAUAAUGCAGAUUUUUAAAUGUUUAUAUUUUUAUACAUUUUUUUAAUUCAAACCUCAGAAAACAAAAUGGAUAACAUUGCACUGAAAUUAAGAUUUUCUUGAUUGUUAAAUCAAGGUACUCUAGAAUGAUUUAAAUUGGCAUGGGCUGGCAUCCAGCUAGUGACAUAUGCAAACAUAGAAUCAUAGAAUCCAACUUGUGUCUGCAUAUGUUUUCUUUUGGUUGUUGUUGUUACCAGAAUUCUUUUCCUCUCUCUGCAGCAAACAGCCCCACCCCAUUUAGCUGCUACAAGCCCUCACUGCAUAGUCAUUGAGUGGCCAAUGGAGAGCAUGGUCAGAGGAUACAAAAAAGUAUGACCUUGGGUGCAUUUGCACUUAGAAUAAUGCAAUUUGGUAUCUUCUUUGCUUUAGCUCCAUCCUAUGGUAUUGUGGGAUAUGUGGUUUUGCAAGGUCUUCAGUCUUCUCUGCCAAAGAUUGUUGUUGCCUCAGAAAACUAUGGACCCAGGAUUCUGUAGGAUGGAGCCAUGGCAGGUAAAAUAGUAUCAGACUACAUUAUUUCUAUGGUAUAGAUGCACCCUACAUUACUACAGUCAGGUGCAGAAUAAUGACACGAUCCACCAGGACCACAAAAGGACCUGGCAAAUCUUGAUAGAUGUGAUUGUUCUGUACCUGAAUUACAGGGACCUAGCCAGGCAAUUCUGCAAUCCCCACUUGCUUUCCACCAGCCAUUAAAUAAUUGAGAAGGGGAGGGCAAGUCCUGGAAGGUGAGAUGUAUCAUAGUUCCAUAUGUGGAACUUUCGUGCUACACCGUGUAAUACAGGAUCUUGGUCAUAAUCUUCUUGACACCAGGUUGUUUGUGCAUCUUACAAAUUUCUAAUAGGCAUGAUUGUUAUUACCUAAUGCAUUCAAAUGUACUAAAUAUGUCCUGUUUUAGAUGUUAAUCCAUAUUUAUUGAUACUUUAAGAAAAAAGAUAAUUGUCAAAACUAAGGGUGGUCUUCACUAUCAAAGAAGCAUAAGACUGAUAAGACUAUGAAUGAAUUAAUAAAACAUUUUUAUUCUUUAAAAAA